GGAGGUAGUAAGGGCAGUUCAGCACAGUGCCUGAAUCGUCAGUGUUCGCUGGUCGAUUAGUUGGAAACAUUAGUUUUGAUUUUUACUGAAUUUUAAUUUGUAGAGAAAACUUUGAGGAACUCCCCGGAGACACUCGACACACAUACGUGACUCAGUUGUUUCUCUAAACCAACUGGACCUUCAUUUUCUGGAGCAUCGCGCUUCUGUGGUCCAAAAAAGUGUUUCUUAUCGGACGCGCUGGAGACGGAGGAUGCUGAGAAGAGGACGCACGGUCUGCGUUGCCCCGGAUUGCGCCGACACUAGUGCUGAGAAUCAGGAUGGCUAACUGGCACUAUGUGUUGUGACCGUGGCACCCAGUCAUGGAUGGACGCACACCCAGAUUGUCACUUAUCUUUGUUCUAUUGGCAGUAGUAGGAUUUAUACUGCUCAUUAGCAGCAUCACAUCUCUGGAGGAUUUUAAUGAUCAACUAACAUCCACCUUCUACAAAAUACAGAGCAGUAUCCACUCAGCCUAUGAGACUCCCGAUAAUGUGUUGCUGGCGGAGGUAAAUUACACGUACUGUGCACAAUUUGUCCAAAAGCCCACUGCAGAAGAGGCCAUAGAAGAGAGACAUUUGCUCAAUUCCACUGCAUGGCCAGAUCCACCAGUGAAAGACCUCCCUGCGGAGUUCAGCAGUAACCCUGCCAAGAGCUACUAUGUGAUUCAAGGUGAACCAGAGCAACACAUAGGUGGUCAGCUUGUGGUUAAUGUCCAUGUGCACAACUUCUUGGGCCUACCUAAGAGGCAUGGAGGAGAUUUCCUGACAGCCAGGCUGCAUUCACCCAAGCUAGGUGCUGGAGUUGUAGGGAAGGUGCAUGACCACAAUGAUGGGAACUAUACAGUGCUGUUCCCACUGCUGUGGGCUGGUGAAGUGCAAGUAGAAAUUACUAUGGUGCAUCCUAGUGAGGCAGUGGCAGUGCUCAAGAGAUUACGAAAGGAGCAAACUCACACAGUGAUUUUUAAAAGCCAGUUCCGCUCUGGUGACCUAUCAGAGACCACUGAGUGUGACAUGUGUCUUCCUCACAACCAGAAACCUCUCUGUAAUUACACUGAUCUUGAAACUGGAGAGCCCUGGUACUGCUACAAACCCAAAAGGCUAGGCUGUGAUACACGAAUAAAUCAUUAUAAAGAGGGUUAUAGGAAGACCCUCUUAAACAAGAAUGAAGCAGAGUUUUUCAAGAGGGGAGUAAAUAUAAAAGUGCCUAUACCCGCAGCAAAGAUGGACCGUGUGACUGUAUUACCUGCAGAAAAUAAUCAAACCAAAGUAGAAAGUACUUACAAUGCUGCUGGCUACUACUUUCAAGAUACCUGGAGGUCUCUGAGUGGUCCAUCCAUCCAGAAUUUUACUAGCUCAUCAGCCAUAACAAGUUGUCUUAAAGGGAAGCUUGUGUACAUGCAUGGAGAUUCAACAAUACGCCAGUGGUUUGAGUACCUUGCUGAUUUUGUUCCUAACCUGAAACCGAUGAAUCUUUACAGCCUUAUUAAAGUAGGACCAUUCAUGCUUGUGGAUGACACUAACAAUAUUCUAGUGAAGUUUCACUGCCAUGGGACACCCAUCCGCUCCCCCCCAGUGUACACCUCUGAACUGCGCUAUGUAGCAAAUGAGAUAGACAGGAUAGAGGGUGGGCCAAACACUGUGCAUAUUAUAAGUGUGUGGUCUCACUUCGGCACUUACCCAAUUGAAACAUAUAUACGGCGACUACGGCAAAUACGGAAGGCUGUGGUGCGGCUGUUAAACCGUGAGCCAGAUACGUUGGUGGUGAUCCGCACUCCCAACAUGCAGAAGUUUGAUCCAGCAUAUAGCCUGUUCUAUAGCAACUGGUUCUGUCUGCAGAUUGAUACUGUGCUGCGUGGAAUGUUCAAAGGACUCAAUGUGAAGUUUCUGGAUGCCUGGGAAAUGACGCUGGCCCACCACCUACCCCAAGACCUACACCCACCCCAACCCAUUAUUAAAAACAUGAUUGAUGUCAUCCUCUCCUAUAUCUGUCCAGCUGGGAAAACAUAAAAUGGUGUAAAAAACUUUUGUAUUUAUUAACAUUUUGUAAAAUAACUGUGUGAAAUUCUGUAUAAUGGUAUGAAUGGUGGGGGGUGGGGGGGGCACACAAAAUGGGGAAAAUGUUUUCGAUUUGAAUCCCAUUUCCUGCAUUUACAUACAUUUAGGGACUAUGGUGAUACAAAAUCCAGGAAAUAAUUAAGUUGAUUAUAAUGAUAAAAAGAAUAGUAGGCUAUUAAACUAUGUAUAUAAAAAAGUCUUACUUUUUUUUUUGUUUAAGAGGAACUGAUCACCAAGACAAGGAUAAUGUGAGACUCAAUUUCCGCUGUGAAACUUUUAUUUCAAACUAGUCACUUGUUGCACAGGACGUCUGUCAGAGACACAUCCACCAAACCGCAGGGGUUUAGAAUAGAAAAAGCAAAAGCUUUUAUGAAUUGUGUUAUAUCAUUAUUUUGUAAUAUCAAAUGCAGAUACACAGCAGCAAAAUUAAUAUUUAAUUAAAUGAAAAUCUUGACCAUUACUUUAAUAAUUGUCUUUCAUGCAUAAACAACCACCCUUAGU